AUGGGGCUUAUGCCCAGAGGUAACCGACGAGAUUAUUGGACUCUGAACUGGCUCACUGAAAGCCCUGGGUUUCGCAAAGUGAAGCCUCGAGACAGGUUUCUUGGAAUCCUUAGAUAUCUGCAUUUUCAGGGUAACUCGGCAGCCAUUCAAGAUAAAGAACAUCGGGACUACGACAAGCUUUACAAGGUUCGAUCUGUUCUUUCAAGCGUUGUGACAAAAUACCAAUCUGUGUACAAACCGAACCGUGAAAUAUCUUUAGAUGAAUCCAUGAUUGCAUGCAAGUCAAAGUUUGGCUUCCGCAAAUUCAUGAAAGAUAAACCCAUUAGACGGGGCAUAAAAGUGUUUGAUGUCGCAGAAUCUUCUUCUGGAUAUGUAUGUAACCUGAAAGUUUACACAGGCAAGGACGAUAAUGAAAUGGUGAAUAGUCCUAUUUUUGACGUGGUGGUGGACCUGACUAAGCCAUUUCAUAACCUGGGAGACAACCUAUUUUUUGACACUCUGUACUCAAGUGCGCUCCUCUUCAAAGAACUCUUGAAGAAAGGAAUAGUCACUCGGAACAGUCCGUGCAAACACGAAAGAUCUUCCUAA